AUGAAAAAGAUUAAUGUUUUCGUAGUUCCUGUUCAUGGGACUGUUCUUUACCCAUAUUAGAAUUUGAAACUCAGAUUAACAGAAUUGUAGUUCUAUGAUGCCAAAGUGAAUAAUAACUAUGUCGCUAUAGUACCAGUGGUUGACCAACAAGUGGAUGGGAUUUAGAGAAUUCAGAGAUUCAGUCAGUACGGUACUUUAGUGAGACUUACAAGCGAAGAUUACACAGUCUACGCUUCAAAUAAAAUUUACCAAGCCUUUUCAUUUGCUAGAAUCAAGAUAGAUUCUAUAAUAAAAUCCACUCCAUAUUAUAUGGUCUCAGCAGAAGUCUUGGGGGAUGAAAUAGUUGAUGAAUAAGGAUUAUGGAGUAGUUAAAUAAUAGACUAGUUAAAGGAAUUGGCAAAAUAAUAUCUAGAAUAAUUCUAAAUGAAUCCAAGUCCAUAGUUCCUACAAAUAAUACAAGAAGAGAAGAACAUAAAUAAAUUAUUCUUUACUAUAGCCUCGAAUGCUGAUUUACCUUACAGUUAGAAGCUUAAAUUAUUGUAGAUUGAUGAUCACAAAACAAAGAUCACUUUAUUGAUACAAUAUUUAAAAACUAAGGUUGAAGAGUUUGCUUAAACUAAAGCAUUGGAAUAGAAAGUAUCAAAAGACCUCAUGCAAUAAAUGUCUAAAUAGGUUAAUAAAUCUAGUAAUCUACCUACUAAUCUUCCAGGAUUCCCAUAUUAAAAAUAAAAAAAUAAUGACAUCGAGAAAUUAUAAGCCAAAAUCAAAGAAGCCAACCUUCCAGAUCAUGUUAGAGAGAUUGUUGAAUAAGAAAUGCAGAAAAUUGAAAAAGGAUCAAUGGGAGUAGAUUCAAAUGUAACUAGAAAUUACAUUGAUUUGAUACUUCAAUUACCAUGGAAUUAAUAAGUAGAAGAAUCUUUGAGUAUUGAAAAAUGCAAGGAAACACUUGAUGCUGAUCACUUUGGAUUAACUAAAGUAAAAGAGAGAAUAUUAUAAUUCUUGGCAGUAAAGAAAUUAAGAAAAGAGAGAAAAGUAGCUGAUUCAAAUGGCUAAGGAUCAAUCAUCUGUUUCUUUGGUCCUCCUGGUGUUGGUAAAACUUCACUUGGCUAAAGCAUUGCCAAAUCUCUAAAUCGUCCCUUUUAUAGAAUUGCCUUGGGUGGAGUAUCUGAUGAAGCUCAAAUCAGAGGACACAGACGUACUUAUGUUGGAGCAUUUCCAGGAUCCUUUAUUUAGGCUAUCAAAAAAGUGAAAUGCAAGAAUCCAGUGAUUUUAUUGGAUGAGAUUGAUAAAUUGACAUCUAAUCAUAGAGGUGAUCCUAGUUCUGCCUUAUUGGAAGUCUUAGAUCCUGAGUAAAAUAGUCAUUUCAUGGAUAAUUAUUUGAAUAUAGAAUUUGAUUUAAGUAGCGUAUUAUUUAUAGCAACUGCCAAUCAAUUAGAAACUAUUCAACCAGCAUUAAGAGAUCGUUUAGAAUUAAUAGAAAUUGUUGGUUAUACAGUUAAAGAGAAAGCAGCUAUUGCUAAUAGCUAUCUGAUACCUAAAUAACUAUAAAAAAAUGGACUAGUGAAUGAAUAGGUUACAAUACCUUAGGAAAUUAUUCAUAAAAUAAUAAAAUAACACACUAGUGAAGCAGGAGUCAGAUAAUUGGAAAGAGUGAUAGCCAAGAUUUAUAGAAAUAUUGCUCUCAAAUAUGUAACAGAUUAAUAAAACUUUAAAACCAUUGUUGUAGAUUAAGAAAGUUUAAUUGAAAUAUUAGGGCCAUCCAUCCAUUCAGAUAAGCAUACUACUCCUUUAAUAUCAAUACCUGGAGUAUGUAAAGGUUUGGCAUGGACUCCAGCAGGAGGUAAAGUGUUGAUGAUUGAAUCAGUGAAAAUGGAAGGCAAAGGAAAAUUUGAGAUUACUGGAAUGAAAGUGUAAGAACAGCAAUUUGGAUGGAUUAAAGCAUACUGGCCAUAAAUUAAAAUACUCAGCAAAUCAAAUACAAAUAUUAACUUUGAUGCACUUGAUAUUCAUAUCCAUUUUCCAGCUGGAGCAACUCCAAAAGAUGGACCAUCGGCAGGAGUAGCUAUAACAACAGCAAUUGUAUCAUUACUCACAGGAUUGAAAGUGAAAAGUGAUAUUGCAAUGACUGGUGAAAUCACUUUGACAGGGAGAGUCUUACCAGUUGGAGGUAUAAAAGAGAAAAUUCUUGGAGCAUUUGAGAGUGGCAUAUUUAGUGUCAUAAUUCCACAUAGGAAUAAAGCAAACUUGGUAGAUGUUGAACCUGAAAUUAGAGAGAAAAUGUCAAUUCAUUUGGUGAAAACAAUAGAUUAAGUGCUUCAAAUAGCUUUAGAAGGAAAUGGUCCCAAUUUCAAAAUGAUUAAUUUAGCAAAUUUGUGAAAGUCAUUCAAUUUAAUGUUAUUUUAAAAUAUUU